AGGGCGUGAUCAUGGUCCUGUUAGUUCACUGGCUAGUCUGGGGGAAAACCCGAGCUCGCGCGCCCCUCACCCACUUCGAGAGCGCGCGGAGCACGGGGAGGCUUUCUUUGGGCUUGGGGGCGGUGAGGCUGCGCUCUCUUUAGGGCAAGGUGGGGUGCAAGUUUCUUCGGAUCGUGGCCCGUCAGGUCCCCCUCAGUUUAGGGGCGAGAAGGUCCUGAUUCCUUCAGGUGAGGGAUGAAGUGGAUGGGCUUCCCUCAUUUGGAGAAAGCAGGUAGAUGGGUCCCUUUCAGUUUAGAGCAAGAAGUGAAAAUAGAUUACACUCAAUUCGAAGGAAGAGGUGGGAUCAUUUACCUUUAGUUGGAGGAAAAAGAGGUAAGGGUGCCCCUAAUUCUGGGAAAAGGAUGGGAUGACUCAGUUUGGCGGCGAGGUAGAACGUUACCCUCAAUUUUAGGGAAGAACGGGGAUGGGUUGCCCUUCAGCUUGAAUGAAAAGUGGAAACGGUCCUUUUCAGUUUGGGGCAAGAUAAGCCGAAUGCCCCCUCAGGUUUGGGGAAGAGGUUGGGUGGAUCCCUCUUAGUUUGAAGGGAAUCGAUAGACUGGGGUUUCCAUAGUUUAGGGAAGAAGAUACGUUUCCUUCAUUGUCUCAUGGAAAAGGUGAGAAGCGUUCACUGUAGUUUAAGGGAAAGGGAGGCCGGCUGUCCCUCGGUUUGGUAAAUGAAGAGGAACAGCCUCCUAUUCAGCCUGGAAUGAGCUGGGUCCAAUCUGGGCCUUGGGAUUUCUGGGGACGAUGGGGACAGUUGUCCCUCACGGCUUUCUAAAACGGGCCUAGUGCGCGUGCGCAGCUCUGGUCUGGGCGGGGACCCGAAGGGGGCCCCUCCAGUCUGCACCCGGCAGCGCCGGAGCCCGCGGCCUCGGUAUCGGGGACCGGCUGCUGGCUGCUGACAGCACUCUCGGUGGCGGGGCCGCGCUCCUCCCGCCUGGACCCCGCCCCCCGGCAGACCCCGGUCACUCCAGCGGCUGGCCGUCGCCACUGUCGCCACCGGCUGGUGGAAUGCAGAGGUGCCCCUGGAGGGCUGUGGCCGCUCACAGCUCUGAAUCCGGGUCGGGGGAGGUUUGGGGAGAGUUUGGGGGAGCGCGCUUGAAGGAAUAGGUUGCAGGACUUGGGGAAGGGCUGCACUGGGGAAUUUCCAGAGUCGGGACUGGUUUAGAGCGGAGGGGCAGGCGUCCGCACUCACGGACGCCCGGGGCAGGGUCUCGGAGUCCGGACCUGGGUUGGGGGUAUCGGAGCCGGGAUUGGGGGGAGCGGGCCCCACGUGCCUGUGACGCGGGGGCGGCCGGUAGGCGGAGGCGGCGGCGGCGACGCGGGGCCGGCGGCCGUGCGGUGCCGGGAGGGCUGCUAGGCAGGCGGCAGGAUGCUGCGCGCUGCACUGCCGCUGCUCUGGCUGCCCCUGGCGGGGGCGGGAGCAACCGAAGAGCCCACCCAGGAGCCGGGGUCGCCGGGUGAGCCUCCCCCAGGGUUGGCGCUCUUCCGCUGGCAGUGGCACGAGGUGGAGGCGCCCUACCUGGUAGCCCUCUGGAUCCUGGUGGCCAGCCUGGCUAAAAUCGUGUUUCACUUGUCUCGGAAGGUGACGUCUCUGGUCCCUGAGAGCUGCCUGCUGAUUUUGCUGGGACUGGUGCUGGGGGGCAUUGUCUUGGCUGUGGCCAAGAAAGCUGAAUACCAGCUGGAGCCAGGCACCUUCUUCCUCUUCCUGUUGCCUCCUAUCGUGCUGGACUCGGGCUAUUUCAUGCCUAGCCGGCUAUUCUUUGACAACCUGGGCGCCAUCCUCACCUACGCUGUGGUGGGCACACUCUGGAAUGCCUUCACGACAGGUGCUGCCCUCUGGGGCCUGCAGCAGGCUGGACUUGUGGCCCCUAGAGUGCAGGCUGGCUUGCUGGACUUCCUGCUGUUCGGGAGCCUCAUCUCAGCAGUGGACCCCGUGGCCGUGUUGGCUGUCUUUGAGGAGGUGCACGUCAACGAGACCCUCUUUAUCAUCGUCUUCGGCGAGUCCCUGCUCAACGAUGCAGUUACUGUGGUGCUGUACAAGGUCUGCAACUCUUUUGUGGAGAUGGGCUCUGCCAACGUGCAGGCCACUGACUACCUGAAGGGAGUCGCCUCCUUGUUUGUGGUCAGUCUGGGCGGGGCAGCCGUGGGCUUAGUCUUUGCCUUCCUCCUGGCCCUGACCACACGCUUCACCAAGCGGGUCCGCAUCAUCGAGCCUCUGCUGGUCUUCCUCCUCGCCUACGCAGCCUACCUUACUGCUGAAAUGGCCUCGCUCUCCGCCAUUCUUGCGGUGACUAUGUGUGGCCUGGGCUGUAAGAAGUACGUGGAGGCCAACAUCUCCCAUAAGUCCCGCACAGCUGUCAAGUACACAAUGAAGACUCUAGCCAGCUGCGCUGAGACCAUCAUCUUCAUGCUGCUUGGCAUCUCGGCCGUGGACUCUUCCAAGUGGGCCUGGGACUCUGGGCUGGUGCUGGGCACCCUCUUCUUCAUCCUGUUCUUCCGAGCCCUCGGCGUAGUCCUGCAGACGUGGGUGUUGAAUCAGUUCCGGCUGGUCCCUCUGGACAAGAUUGACCAGGUGGUGAUGUCCUAUGGGGGCCUGCGGGGGGCUGUGGCCUUCGCUCUCGUCAUCCUCCUGGACAGGACCAAGAUCCCUGCCAAGGACUACUUUGUAGCCACCACUAUUGUGGUGGUCUUCUUCACAGUCAUCGUGCAGGGCCUGACCAUCAAGCCACUGGUCAAGUGGCUGAAGGUGAAGAGGAGUGAGCAUCACAAACCUACCCUGAACCAGGAGCUGCAUGAGCACACUUUUGACCACAUUCUGGCUGCAGUGGAGGACGUUGUGGGGCACCAUGGCUAUCACUACUGGAGGGACAGGUGGGAGCAGUUUGAUAAGAAGUACCUGAGUCAGCUGUUGAUGCGGCGGUCAGCCUACCGCAUCCGGGACCAGAUUUGGGAUGUGUACUACAGACUCAACAUCCGGGAUGCCAUCAGCUUCGUGGACCAGGGAGGCCACGUCUUGUCCUCCACCGGGCUCACUCUGCCCUCUAUGCCCAGCCGCAAUUCUGUGGCAGAGACCUCUGUCACCAACCUGCUGAGGGAGAGUGGCAGUGGAGCAUGUCUGGAUCUGCAGGUGAUUGACACAGUACGCAGCGGCCGGGACCGUGAGGAUGCUGUGAUGCACCACCUGCUCUGUGGAGGCCUUUACAAACCUCGCUACAGGGUUGGCCUGUUACAAGAGCUGUUUAAGAAUGUCUUCUCUGGUAGCAGAGGGCAGAUCAAACUGGAGGGGCCCAGAAUCCCUCCAGCUUUGGCUCACCACCCUGAGGCCCCAUAUUGUCCUUACAGUCAGGCAACCCACCAUGUCUUCCUCAGUUAAUGACUAUUAAACCCUGUUGCAUCCAACCUGUGGGGUUUUUUGUUUGUUUGUUUUUUGGUUUUGUUUACUUUUUUCUUACGGAAAAUCUCUGUCGUUCAGAAAACUAGAGAGAAUAACUCAUUUAACCACCACUCACCUCCAAUAAUUUUCAAUGCAUGGUCAAUUCUGUUACAUUCUGUCCCCCCCUACGCCCCAGCUACACUUUAUUAUCUUACAGCAAACUCCAGACAUCAUAUCAUCUCUAUUUCCAUAUGUAUCUCUAGGUGGCAAGAAUUCUUUAAAAAAAAAAAGCCAUAGUACCCUUAUCACUUACAACAAAUAACAGUGAUUCCUUCUCACCUCAAAUAUCCAGCCAGUGGUCAAUAAAUACCUUUUUCCAGCUGGUUUGUUCAAGUCAGGAUCCAAAUAAAGUCCACAGUUUGCAUUUAGUAAACAUGUCUCUAUUUUUUUAAAAAAAUCGGUGAUAGUUUUGUCUUCCUUUUUUUCUCAUUAUUUACUUACUGAAGAAACUGGAUCCAUUAUCUCAGAGAAUGUUCCAUUUUACAGAUUCUGAUUGUAUUCCAGUGGUGGUGUUUAACAUGUUCCUCUACAUACUGUAUUUCUUGGUAGUUAAAUCUGGAGGCCCGGUUGUAUUCAGGAACAUUCGAUAGGUGUGCUGUGUAUUUCUUAUUGUAUUACAUCAGGAAGUACAUAAUGACUGACUGUCUGUGGAUGUGUGUGUGUAAGAUUGGUCAAUGGUUCAGUCCAACCAGUUCUUGUGAAGUCAAUUAAAAAAAAAAACUGGAUUAAGAUUGUGCUUAUCCCUGUUAAAUGUCAUCUUAUUUGAUUUAGCCCAUCAUUCCAUUGUUUGGAUCCCAUGUCUGCCACCAAAUAUCUCCUCAGAUUCACAUCAUAGGAAAAUUUGCUAAGCCUGUUAACUUUGUAGUCAUCAAAAUCAACAUACAAAUGUUGAACAGGAUAGAGCUGAGGACAGAGCCCUGUGGCAUGCUACUAAAGACUUUCCUCCAGACUGACCUUGAUCAAGAAUUUUUUGGGUAUGGUUACUCAACCAGUUCUAAAUCCACUUAGUUAUGCCAGAACACCAUCCAUAAUUCCUCAUGUUCUUCACAGAAAUAUCAUCAGAGAGAGACAGAAGUAUCUAGUAUGCAGUUAGAAACAUAAGAUUAUAGUUUAGGAGAGAGAUACGGGCUGGAGAUAAAGAUUUGGAAGCAAUCUGUAUCAGAGGUUUCCUGGCCUGGCUACAUCAGAAUCUCCCAGGGAGCUUGCUAGAAUACAUAUUCCUGGCUUCUCCUGGAGAGUCUGAUCCUAUAGUGUGCAAUGGGAUGAGGAAUCUGCUCUUAAUAAGUCCCCUGAGGGGAUUCACAUGUAGCUGGUCUGAUGGCUGAUGUUUGGGAAACACAGAUGUAUCCCUGGGCUAGCUGGCGCUGAGAGAGGACACUUUCACUGGGGAGGGCAUUUAGAGGGGAGAGAGGGGGGCCAAGGACAACACUGAGGAAUGCACAUGUAAGAAAAGGAAGGGGAGCCAGCGGAGGAGAGAGAAGGAGCACUUGGAGGGGCAGUAGCAGAUGGUGUCUCGGAGGCCUGGGGCAUAAGGAGGGCUGGACGUUGCACAGAUGUUGCCUAACCAGAGGCCAUGGCACUGCUGACCAGGGAGAAAGCAGCACACUGAAGUUGCAAUCAGGCAAACCCCCCUGGAGCUGUAUUUUUUUUUUUA